AUGGCAAGAGUGUUGAACUUUGAAACUCAACAAGUCGAGCAUGAUGUGUCCUCUUUGCAGCAGACACCAGCGACCUCAUCACGAGGUGACAAUGGAGGGAACAAAGACCGUAAUCAACAACCUGUUGUUGCGACACUCCAGAAUGUGGAAGAAGCUCCACAUUCCGUUGAAGAAACCCAACCUCCUCCUACUUCUGGUGUCGGCACCCAACGACCCGGUGGAAAUUUCAAUAGUCGUCAUACUCAACACCAGAUACAAGUGAUGGAAAACUUCUUCAAAUAUAACCCUUACCCAAAUGAGAGGCAAAGGAGAGAGCUCGGCAAUUUUAUCGGGCUGAAUUCUAUGCAAAUCAAGUUUUGGUUCCAAAACAAGCGCACCCAGAUGAAUUCAUCUAUCAAUUCUCAUUUCUCUUUCCUCAUUUUUAUGUCUCUCAAGACUAAGUAUAUGUUGGAACAUCACCAAAAUACCCUUUUGAUUGCUGAGAAUGAAAAGCUCCGUGCUGAGAACCUACAGUACAAGGAAGCAUUGAGGAACGUGAGGAAUGUUAAGUACCUUCACUAUAGAGGCUGCCCAUCUUCUGUUGGUGAAAUGUCCUUUGAAGAGAAGCAUUUGAGGCUUGAGAAUGCUCAAUUGAAAGAAAAGCUUAAAAAGAUAAGAGAAAUGAUAGCAAAAAUUGCAAUACAACCAUCAAGGACUUCAUUCUCUAACCAUCCACUGCCACCUCACAUUCCAAUAUCUUCAAGCUCGUUUGAUAUUGUCAACUAUGUUCUGGAACCAAGCAUGGAAAUGCAAGUGCAUGGUGGCAGAAGCGACCCUCAAAUAUCAAUUAUCACAACUCCUUUUACUGAACCUGAGAAAUCCUUAAUUAUGGAGCUUGCAGUUGGAGCUAUGGAGGAAUUUACUAAGAUUGCUAAUUGUGGAUCACCUUUAUGGAUCCCCGGAAUGCAUAGUGAUAUUCUAAACCAACAAGAGUAUGUUAGGGUUUUCCAUGCAGGACUAGGGCCAACACCUAUGGGGUUCAGAUCUGAAGGCUCAAGGGAAUCCAUGAUGGUUACCAUGAAUCCUAAUAAUCUCAUUGAAAUCCUUAUGGAUGUUAAUCAAUGGUCAACUGUAUUUCCCGGUAUUGUUUCUAGUGCAAAGACAACUGAAAUCCUAUCAACUGGAGUGGGAGGAAACUAUGAUGGAGCCCUGCAAGCGAUAUCAGCAGAGUUCCAGACGCUCUCACAUCUUGUUCCUGCUCGUAAUAGUUAUUUCGUAAGGUAUUGUAAGUAUCACCCUGAUAGGGCAUGGGUUGUGGUUGAUAUUUCCUUGGAUGAUAUGCGACCUGGUGCUGCCACAAGAUGCAGAAGACGACCCUCUGGUUGUAUGAUUCAAGAAUUUUCAAAUCGUUUCUCAAAGGUUACAUGGAUUGAACAUGUAGAAGUUGAAGAGAAAGAAGUGCAUGAUAUAGUCAAACAUCUAUGUAAUUCUGGCUUUGCCUUUGGAGCUAGGCAGUGGAUAAGAACUUUAGAAAGAUAUUGUGAGGGCACUAACAUACCACUAGAAGACAUUAAUGGGAUAGAUCCUGAAGAAAGAAAAACCUUGAUGAAGUUGGCAGAGAAAAUUAUGCAGAGCUAUUGCAACUAUGUUGGUGCUUCCCCACCACCUCAUGUUUGGACAGUCCAGACAACACCAGCGGGCGCUGAUGACGUGAGGGUCAUGACCAAAAACAAAACUGAUGCAUCGGGAGCACUUAUUGGUGUUGUUAUUAGUGUUGCAACUUCUUUCUCUCUUCCAGUUCCUUCCAAAAGACUCUUUGAGUUUCUUCAAAAUGAAGACUCAAGGAACCAGUGGGAUAUUCUCACCAAAGGUUUUCUAGUUCAAGAACUAGCACACAUAGCAAGUGCUCGUGAUCCUAGAAAUUUUAUCUCUUUACUUCAUACCAAGAGUGAGAAUUCAAUCCAAAGCAGCAAGACCAUAGUUCAAGAGACCUACACUGACUCUAUAGGCUCGUAUGUGGUGUAUUCUCCAGUUGAACUUGAUGCCAUGAAUUUAGUCUUGAGUGGCUCAGAUCUAGAUUAUCGUAACUUGAUGCCCUCAGGCUUUGCCAUUAUUCCUGAUGGGUCCAGGCUGAGUGGCGGGCCCACAACUGAUGUUGGAUCUGGAGGGUGUCUUGGUACACUUGCAUAUCAAAUAUUGGUUCCAGCAACUCCAACACCACUAGAUCCUAGCUUAGUGUCCUCUUUGUGCACUUUAAUGAAGUGCACAAUUGACAAAAUCCAAACAGCAAUGAUGAGUGUCUGA